GUGGAGCGGAGGGAAAGCGGGAGAAGAAGUCGUCCCCCUGUCAGAAGUAUGCGGGGCUCGUCCUCUCAGACCUUACGUCAGCCCGGACUCUUUAACAGGCUGUCAGACCCGGUGCCGAGCACACUGAGGUGCGCGGAGAUGACAGCGGCGGGACGAGGAGGAUGUAGCACACCUGCGGCCAGCGGCGUGUCGGACGUUUAAAACGGGAAUAAUUCUGGACUCAAUGCAUUUGCAGUUCCUCACCAGUGAUGAGUUGGCUCCUGUUGUGGAUUCUAACUGCAGCCGGGAUUCAACAGGCCUACUCCCAGAAUUCCACUGCCAUGUCACCUGCCACAGCCGCCACCACCCCAGCUGCGGACCUGUACAACCGCACGCAGUACUGCAAGUGGCCCUGCGAGUGCCCCAAGGUCACCCCCACCUGUCCGCCGGGUAUUAGUCUCCUCAUGGACGGCUGUGACUGCUGCAAGACAUGCGCCCGGCAGGUGGGCGAGGUGUGCAACGAGGCAGACACGUGCGACUACCACAAAGGACUGUACUGUGACUACAGCUCGGACAAGCCUAGGUACGAAAAAGGAUUGUGUGCAUACAUGGUGGGAACAGGCUGUGAGCAUGAUGGCGUGAUCUACCGUAACGGGCAGAGCUUCCAGCCCAGCUGUAAAUACCAGUGUGUGUGUGUGAACGGUGCCAUCGGCUGUGUGGCGCUGUGCACAGAGUCCCAGCCUCCACGGGUCUGGUGCCAAACACCGCGCCGGGUCAAAGUCAAGGGACAAUGCUGUGAGCAAUGGAUCUGUGAUGAACCCAAAAGAGGACGCAAGACGGCGCCGCGACACGCAGUAGAGACUUAUCCAGCUGAGACCAGGAGCUGGCACAAGAACAACUGCAUUACCCAGACUACCUCAUGGAGUCCCUGCUCAAAGACCUGCGGCCGCGGCCUGUCCCUGAGGAUCUCCAACGCCAACGAGCAAUGUGAGCUGGUCAAAGAGUCUCGUCUUUGCAACCUGCGGCCCUGCGAGGUCGACAUCACCAAACACAUCAAGCCGGGAAAGAAAUGUCUGAACAUAUACAGGGAAGACCUGCCCUCAAACCUCACCAUCUCUGGCUGCACCAGCAGGAAGCAGUACAGGCCCAAAUACUGCGGCGUCUGCACAGACGAUCGCUGCUGCAUCCCCUACAAGUCCAAAACCAUCGAUGUGGAGUUUGAGUGUCCUAACGGGACGGGGUUCACCUGGAAGAUGCUCUGGGUCCAGGCCUGCUUCUGCAACCUCAGCUGCAAAAACCCCAACGACAUCUUCGCAGAGCUGGAAAGUUACUACGGUCACCCAGAAAUCAUGAACUAACAAACGGGACUAACGCUGUCGGCCUGUUCGGAGGAUCCCGACUUUCUUCUGGCUUCUUUUUCUUCUACAAUAUUUUGUAUUUGUGAUGUUGUUAUGCUUAUACAAGGGUCUUUUUUUUCCUAUUGGAAAAAUCUGUAAAUAUGAAAUAUGUACGUGUCUCCAGAUUGGAUUCAUAAAGCAUCAUGUGCUUUUGAAAAAUAUUUGAAGAACUGCUUUGCAAAACAAAAAUUCAGCCAGCGAGUGUGUGAAAUACUGAAAGCUUAAUUUAUUUAUGUCGCUUCUUGCAUUCGUAAUAACAUAUGUAAUGUUCUUGAAAUGCUUUCAAGAGCAGUCAACAUUGUCUGUCUUUUAAACUCACAAGUCAACAUAGAUAAUACGUUUUUAAUGUAGAUAUGUUUCUAUAUAUUUCAUAAAAUUAACUUUAUAAUAAAUGUUUAAAAAGCAGACAUGGACUUAGAUGCCAAAGACAAAGCAUUAUUUUAGGACCACAUGUCCAAAUGUGCAAGAAUGACAGGAUCAGGGAAGAUGAGUUACAAGUUUUUUAUUGUCAUUUUUUUUAAUAAAUACAAACUGUUAUGUCAUUUUAAUGCUUUUCUACAGCAUUAGACGGUUGUGCAUCGCAUCUUUACAAAGCUGUGUAUGUUCUACAAAGCAAAAUGUUGCUGUAGUGCAAGUAAAAUACGGGAGUAGAAGGUGUCAGGUAAGUUCUAUGGCUAUCCUCAUGUUAUCAUG